UCAGCCGAGUAAAAGCUCACAGCGGACCGUCACUCACGUUGAGUUGAGGGUCAAAUGCUUUGAGGAUGUGCUAGUAGUGUUAUCAAAAUGUCAAGUUUCUCCAGAUCUGCCCAGCAAUGGGCGACUUUCGCACGGUCCUGGUUUGUAAUCGAUGCCCGGAUGCAGCCUCCUGGGAAAAUAGCGACCAUGUGCUCUGUUAGAUUACAGGGGAAACACAAACCCAUCUACCACGCACUGAGUGACUGUGGUGACCACGUCGUAGUAAUAAACAGUAAACACAUAGCUUUCUCUGGAAACAAAUGGGAGCAGAAAGUCUAUUCAUCACACACGGGGUAUCCAGGUGGAUUCAAACAAGUCACAGCUGCCCAGCUCCACUCCAAGGACCCUAAAGCUAUUGUGAAGUUAGCCGUUUACGGCAUGCUGCCUAAGAAUCUGCACCGGCGCACCAUGAUGCAGCGAUUACACAUCUUUCCUGAAGACGAGCUGCCAGAUGACAUCCAAGCCAACCUGACGGAGGAGCUGCCUCAGCCCAGAGAAAUCCCCAGGAAGCUCAGCGAGUACACCCAGGAGGAGAUAGACGCUUUCCCCAGACUGUGGACACCACCUGAAGAUUACAAGAUGAAAUGAAUCAAAGAAGCCCAACGUGACCGAAGCAGAAAAGGUUUUCAUAAUAACGUUACACUGAAAAUAACAGUUUCUUCAAUUUUGUUAUGAUACUUGAACAAGUGUUAAAUCAAACAGGUUUUAUAGGA